AUGACAUCAAGCUUUGUAGCUCUUGAUGCUUUUUGCCCAGUCUUGUGUAACUGCUCAGUGAAGGACUUCAUUGCUUGCUCGGGUACUUCAAUUACAGAUAUUGCUGCAUUAUCCAUUCCUUAUAAUUUUACAUAUGUUCUUAUAAACUGCACUCAAGCUACAGAACUGACCAAUACCAGCUUUCAAGCAAUGCCUGUUACUUUACGUCUGUUUUUCGAAGGCAACCAAUUUUCUGUGAUAGAAUCUGGGGCUUUUCAAAAAUUCCCUCUUCUGAAAUCACUGAUGAAGCUAACAAAAAAUGCUAUACGAAGUCUACCUCCAGGAAUUUUCCACAGAUUAUUUCAUCUGGAGCAGUUGUUUCUUGAUCAGAAUGCAUUGUCUGAUCUUGAUCCAUAUAUAUUUCAAAACCUGACAAACUUAUCGGAUCUCAUAUUGAACAGAAAUCUGCUUAGAGAAUUGCCUGCUGGAUUACUAGAUCAUCUUGUAAAUCUUAAGAAAUUAAAUUUAUCCAGAAAUAAGCUGGCAUCUUUGCCAAAGUAUAUUUUCAACUCAUUGUUCAAACUGAAAAUUUUAUUUCUCUAUAAUAAUUGUCUGGAGAUAUUAAUACCUGGAAUGUUCGAUAAUCUCACUGAAUUGGAAGAGUUACAUUUGUAUGCAAAUUCAAUUGUAAUGGUCGACAAAGAAGCAUUCUACAAUUUACCAAAAUUGAAUCUGCUAAUGCUUCACAAAAAUAAAAUAAAUAUAUUACCUGAGGGACUAUUUCUCCAUUUGCCUUUGUUAGCUAAACUGACUUUGUAUGAAAACCCUUUAACCGAAUUUCCCAAUGUGCUUUUUGGCAAAAUGGAGAAUCUCAAAGAUUUGUGGCUUUAUCACACAGAUCUUUUAACAGUACCUAAUUUUGUUUUUAGUAAUCUAACUAAUCUAAAGUUAUUGAUCCUAACACAAAACCCAAAGCUUCAGAGUCUUCCAAAAGAAUCAUUCAGUGGUCUGAGCAAACUUGAGGAGCUGUCCUUGCAUUCAAAUAGCUUGAAAUUUCUUGGUGAGGGCUUGUUCCAGGAUCUUCAACAUCUGAAAAUUCUUUCUCUACAUAACAAUGUUUUUGAGGAUCUUCCUGAGAAUUUGUUUCAUCCUCUUAUAAAUCUUGAAAUUGUUUACCUAAACAAGAGUAAACUCCGUAACUUGCCAGGUACCUUCUUUAAAACCUUGACGAAGCUUAAAAACAUUAGUCUUGAUGACAAUCCUUGGGCAUGUGAUUGCAGGCUUAAAGAUUUCAAGCUCUGGCUUGAAAUGAAUGUAAAAAUAGUGCAGAAUUCCAUGUCCAUUUUUUGUGAACAUCCUUCCGCACUCAAAGGGAAAUCUGUCCUUCAUUUUGAUGCACCAAUCUGUAGCUAUACAACCAUAGCAAAUGACUAUUCCUAUGAGGUAACCACAUCGUCUGUUUUAGCCAGUACUACACAAAGCAUAAGAGGUGAGAUGACCCUUACUCCUACUAAACUGCUAGCUGAUCAUUACACACACACCAAUGUAUCUGUGAAUCCAAGUCAUGAGGAAACAACUCUUAUACCAUUAAAAAAUGAUUUAUCCAAAAUUGCUGAUCCUACCACUAGUUGGAAUAAUAAUGAUUCUUCAAGCACAUCUUCGGCUAUUCAUAUGGGAACAGACCAUAAAAUUCAAAGAAGAUUUACAUAUUCGUCUUCUUAG